AUGGCGAGGAGGACUAUCACGGGAACUUCGAUGAAGAGGAUCGAGCUCUGGUUCGAGCAACUUUGUCAAACGCUGCAAAGCUACGAUGCAUGCAAUAUCUAUAUGGACGGUGAUUCGCAUCACAAGCGAGACCUCAACAAGAGCCCACGCAAGAGUGGCUUCGUAUGCACGCGGCAAAAAAUGAUGGGGCUAGCUAAUCCAAAAUGA